UUCCAGUGUGAUCUCUGUCGUUGAAUGAGCAUUUGUGUUCUUCUUUGUAAAUGUCUGCAUUUGAACGCACAUGUAAACAUGCAGUGGACGGCGGUGGUUUAUGCAGCAUUGAUGAUCGGUUCCAGUAUCUGCUCCGUGUUGGGGAACUUGGUAUUAUUGUUGGUGGUGUUACUCAAUCGGAGUUUGCAAACGGACACCUGGGGUCUCACUUUAAGCUUCUGCCUAUGUGAUCUGGCGUUGGGCAUCUCCACCAUUCCUUUCGGUGUCCAUAACAGCCUUUUUCAAGUCAAGAGCUACCCUAGUAAGAGCGCCACCUGCAAGGGAAGCGCCUUUCUGUUUUUGUUGCUCCAGCUCGCCUCAAUCCAUUCUCUCACCUGGGCGACAGUCGACAAGUUCACAGAGAUCUGCUUCGCUCUCAGCUAUCCUGUGAUCUUCACAGCAUAUAGAGCCAAAAUCAUCCUCGCAAUAGUAUGGGUCUACAGCAUCCUCACGGCAGCUCUGCCACUCUUUGGUUUUGGUAGUUACGUCUACAGCGAGACAAAGUUCCUCUGUGUUCCCAACUUCAAGCCGUCCAGCAUCGCCUUCAACAUGCUCUUCAUGGUGGUGGGAAUCAUCAUUCCCAUUGUACUGAUGUGCUCCAUGUAUGGAUAUAUAGUGCAUAUAGCCAGGAACCAGGUGCGACGAGGGACGUUUGUUUGCAACGAAGACCACUGUUUCUACGUGCCAGCCAGUAAUUACUUCAAAAGCUCCAUAGUAAUGGUGACUACCACAGUGUGCCUGCUCGUUUGCUGGCUGCCAUACAUCGUUAUCUGCUUCUAUGAGACACUGACGGGAAAAGAGAGCCCGCAGCCUGCCUCGGCUGUUGCCACAUGGCUCGUACUCUUCACUUCAGCUCUUAACCCAUGGAUCAACUCCAUGACUCAAACGAGGUACAGAGCAGCACUGCGCAAAACCCUGAAUAAAAUCCAGCAGAUGUUUGAGUAUCCUCGUAAAAACUCCCUCUCCCAGUGCAUGACCAUACAGCCACGCCGUGAGAGCAACAGCUUCUCCUCGCCAGCUCCCAGUGUACCUCCGGCACUACAAACAAACAACGAACCUCAGCAAGACCUCACGCUGGUUUGAGCACGACCCUCACUGACCUUUGGUGGUUUCAAUAGCAUAGAAAUAAUCAUGACUUAAGGAAACGUCUGCAGCAUCGCUUCACCCCAGAACAAGAGGACACUGGGUUGGCGGAGCAGAAGCAAUUUCACUGCUUAUGAUGUAAACAGACUUCAUGCAGAAAGAAAAAAACUUGUGAUAUUCUACAGUAAACGCAUCUUGAAGACAGAAGAGAAAAAAGGACUUUUGCUUCAGAAGUUGUAUUGUUUUCUUUUGUGACUUGAACACAAACAAUGAUUCAUUUUUUUUUCUAAAUGAAUGCUUUCUCUAAAAUGUUCAGCAUCUGAAACUGCCAAUCACAGUUCAAUUGCUUUCAGGAACUGCAU